AUGAAUUUGAUGUAUAAUGAAUUAGUGAAAUCAAAAAUUCUUGUAAAAACAGAAGGAUGCUACUCAUUUUUGAAUCCAUUUUCUUCGAAGAGAAGUGUAUAUACUCUCACUCCUCUUGGCGAAAAAGUGGCAAAUUUCCCAUUUUCAUCUUACAUUUCAUUAGCAAUUACAACUCUCAGUGAGCAGUAUGGAGUUGAUGAAAAAAUUGCAGCUCUUCUUGCUUCUCUUACAAUGUUGAUUCCAAACAUUACAAUAACCAAAUUAACCUCGAAACUAUUAAUCAAGAAUUUCGAAAGGGAAUCUGAUUUUGCAACAAUCGUAAAAUCAUUAUUUGAUGUUAUGAUAAACAAUGGUGAAACAAUUGAUCCAUUAGAUAACCAAUUCACACAAAAAAUGAUUUCUCAAAUUGAAACAUUUCUCAAAGAAAUUGCUAAUAAGUUGGGCGUAAACUAUGAGGGAAUUUGGAUACAACUGAAAGCAUUUUACGAUAGAUGCGAUUAUAUUAACACAUUUGCACAAAAACUCUUCAAAUUGAUAAGUGAUAACAGCAUUGAUGGCGAAUGGGGUAGAGCAAGAACUAGUUCAUUUAGCACAAUUUCCAUGUUCAGAAACCAAUUUUUCGCUAGUUACAAUGGUAAUGAACUUGUGAAUUUUGAUAAGAAUGACUCAUAUAUUACAAUAUCACAAAGACCGGGGCAAGUAUCUCUUGAUUUCCCUUCAAAUGCAUAUAUUGUAAAUAUAACAAGAAAUACAAGUCUACAUCGUAUCGACGGCAGUUUCAUUCAUAUCAAUAAUGGCCCAAAUCAAGGUCCUCAUCCGCAGUCCAUUGUUAUUGAGCAAUAUCUUAACAAUCCAUUCUUUACAGCCGUUCUCCAAGGCUAUUUGGGAAAAGAAAUGAAGGAAUUAAUCAAAAUAAACGGUUCAAAUGGAGAUGCAAGUAAUUAUUUCUAUAUAAGUGAAAUUGAUUCUGAACACUGUUCAUUUAAUUUCUUUCCGAGGAAUUCAGAUGUUGCUGAUGAAGUUAUCACUGCUGUUAAUAAUCUCAAAUGCCUUGCUCCAUAUAUCGGACAAACGAUUUUAAUUCAACAUCCAACUCUCAAAUCAUGCAUAUCAUUAAAAGCAUAUGGAACUGAUAAGUAUGAAAACCAAAUCAUUAAAUAUGAUGAUACAAAAUUGCAUCCUUAUAAUAUCAAUAAGAACACAAUUUCUUUUCUGUUGAAAUAUAUUAAAGAAAUUCCGAAAUUUGGAUAUUCAAAAUCAAUUGCAUUUACUGGUGAAGAUAUGAUAUUCUCGCUGGAUCCUAAUGAACCAAUCGAAGAAGAUGGAGGAAAUAUUUCUAAUCCAACAACGUUUUAUGGGUGUAAAUCUGUAUUCGGAAUGAAAUCACAUCUUGUAAUAUUAUCAGAUCAAUUAAUUCCAGAUGAAGUUGAAUUAGAAUGGGUUGGCGAUCAUUUUAAUGAUAAACUACAAGAUCAAGAUUCAAUAAGGAAUAAAUAUGUUGAAAUGCAUGUUCAUAAAACUGCAAUUGCAGUAUUAUAUUCUCAAAAUAAUAACGUAGAAUAUAUCGGGCAAUUGGCACGCAUGAAUUAUUUCAAUAUUGAUCAUGAUCAAUCGAAAUCGCCUUUAGUCAAAAUUAUUAACAAGUUCGAACUUGGAUGUAUUAAAAGCAAUCAUCUUAUAACAGAAGAAGUUGAACAAAGGUGA